AUGCGGGACCCCGCCAAGCCCUGCAGGAAGGGAACGUCUCUUCACGGCCGGGCGACCUGGCUCCUGUUCCUGGUCACGCUGAAGGCCAUGGAGACACGAGGGCCCAGACAGCAGCCACACUGUGCAGCCUGGCUCUCCAGGGAGACUGCUGAUGAGCACAUGCAGACACGGGUGCUGUGUCACGGUGUGGCUGGGAGGUGGGGCGGGGGCUUCAGGGCCCCAUGCGGAGCAGACAGCAGCCUGGGGCAGAGGCCCAGGCUCCCCCCAUCGCAGCUGCAGGUGGGGGGCUCAGGGGUGGGGCAGGCCCUCUCUCAGAGGUUUUUGUUUGAGGCUGUGUCACAGUGUGCUGUGUUCGGCGGAGGGACCCAUCUGACCGUCCUCGGUCAGCCCAAGGCCGCACCCUCGGUCGCUCUGUUCCCGCCCUCCACUGACGAGCUCAGCAACGACAAGGCCACGCUGGUGUGCCUCAUCAGUGACUUCUACCCCGGCGUCGUGACGGUGGCCUGGAAGAAAAAUGGCAGCCCCGUCACCCAGGGCGUGGAGACCACCAAGCCCUCCAAACAGAGCAACAACAAGUACGCGGCCAGCAGCUACCUGAGCGUGUCGCCCAGCACGUGGAAGUCAGCCAGCAGCUACAGCUGCCACGUCACGCACGAAGGCAGCACCGUGGAGAAGUCCGUGACCCCCUCGGAGUGUUCCUAGGACCUGAGCCCCAUGUUCGGGGCCGCUCUCCCACAAGAUCCCCCACUCCCCGGCUCCCCACCGUGGCCCUGGGACUCCUGCCCAGGGCUGCUGAGGCGGGGCAGGUCUCCCCGACUCCCCGCUUCCCAUCGUCCUCAAUAAAGUCUUGAUCAUGUA